AAGCGACGUUUGGUGAAAUGUCGGGCCUAAAAAGUUAACGUUCGGCUAGCAGCUAACAGACGUUGGAAAUGGUUGGCCCUUUGUAGGGUAAUUUUUUCCAACCCUGGUAAUACCAUACUGUCGUACGCUACUUUCGUUCUUCGUGACCUUGAACGAGGGCAGCUUGUGCGAAUAUUGCACGUCGCACGUGCAAGUCGUAACGUGAUUAUAUUCCUUUAACGGAGACCCAACCGACGUGACGAAGACGUUGCCAUUUGUUGGACAUGUCGAAUACUAUGAGGAUUGAGUGUCCCAACCGUUGGGCAACAUUUUACCCUUUGGGCUCGAUCAUGAAUCUCGUUCUUUAGCGUAAACUCGUGAAAAGCGAAAAAAUUUCAUUAACGAUUUCAACAUUUGGCAAUAACAGUUUUUACUUUUCACGAAUUCACGCUGGAGGAAGAGAUUCGCGAUCGAGUCCUUUGAUUAACAUCCUUUGUCUCUUCCUGCUGCUUAUUUCUACCAAUGCAGAUUAACUUGGUUAAUCUCGGUUUAUUUCAGAUCUUUUUCUAGUCCUAAAAAUUAGAAAAAGACAAAAGGUAGUUUAAACCGAGAUUCAACUUGGUUAAUCUCGGUUUAUCUCAGAUCUUUUUCCAGUUCUAAAAAUUAGAAAAAGAUAAAAAGUAGUUUAAACCGAGAUUCAAGUUAAUCUGCAUUGGUAGAAACGGACAUAAGGGGAAUAAUUAGACAGAGAUACAGGUUGUUAAUCUAAAGGAUAAAAAUUAUCAGACGUUGGAACAAUCGGCCCUAAAGCGCGAUAAUUUACAGCAGUUAAAAUAUGACACCAGUGCGAGAAUCGUUUCUGAAGAACGACUAAAAAUACAACAGCAUGUUCCGUUUAGCCAUGGCCUCUGCUCUAGAUACGAGGCUUUUUACAUAUGUAAUUUUAAAUAAUGAAACUGGGUAAUUUUAAUAACGUAAUCUACCAGAGAUAAGAGUUUUUAGAAAGCCUUCCAAAGGUUACGAAAAUAAUCGGGUUUAAUUAUUUAAAAUUGUAUAGAAAGGGCCGGUUCCACCAUCUCCGAUUAAUUUGACCGGCCGAUUAAAUUUCAGUGUUCCAUUGGAAUUGACAUGGGACAAUCGGUCCUUUCUAGGCAAUUUUAAAUAAUUAGGCUAGAUAAUUUUCGUAACCUUGCAAGUCUAGUCAGGUAAUUUUAAACAAUUAAACUAGAUAAUUUUCGUAACUUUGGGAGGCUUGUUAGAGAUAAUUCUAAAUAGUUAAACUAGAUAACUUUCGUAACCUUGGAAGGUGCGUUAGGUAAUUUUAAACAAUUAAACUAAAUAAUUUCAACAAUACAGUUUAGCUACAAGAACACUCGCUAAAUUUGCCCUUUUUAAAUUAUUUCGUUAUAUCAAGCUUCAAUGAGUUUAUAAUAAUAAUUUCGUUGGCAAUUCGAGAUACACCUAUGGAGAGUGAGGAAAUAGGUGCGGCUGUCCACAAAGUAUUUAAAAUUAUCUUCCAAGGGGCGACAAUACAAAGUUAGAAGAAUUACUAGCGUCAGAAAAAUUCCAUCGAUCUCCGUUAUCAAAAGCAGCAUUCUUCGGCUAAAGAUACCGACGAGCACCGGGAGCAACUGGCGGGGUAAGUCCUAGGGUCGCUCAGUCGAGUGGUAGUCUGCGGUUGAUAAGGGCAUUCCAGGCGGUAACUUCGAACGCCUCGAUUGGCGGCUAUUUGGAGAGAACGCUUCUCCAACCGGAGCUCUCAACAUCUUCGAGGAUUGCCCCGGCCCACAGUUUCGACGUGGACCGGCACCGACGUCGUUCCUCCUUCGGCAGCCGAGCGCGGAGUAAUAAAAAGUUUAAGUGACAAAACUUGCACGCCUCUAAGUGGGGAGCAAAGAGAGUGCGAGACUUGCGAGGUGACCGUUGAACCCGGGCAACUCGAGAUCUUCCCGAUCGCCACGAGUUUUUCAAGAUUGUAUCCACGUCCGAUGGAAGAUAUAUCGAGAUCAGCUAUCUGUCGUGCGACUUGGAAGUAUUUUAAUACUAUAACUUAGGGGUUUCCCCUGAUGAAAUCCAUGGCUCUUCCGCCUUUGCUCAAAAUACGAUAAUUUGCCAUGCAAGCCUCAGGAUACUGGCUGCUGUUGCUCGCGGGUACCGUCUUCGUCUGCUGCUGCUUGUGGCAGAGCGGAUUGAUCAGUCGCUGGAGCUCCAACAUGCACGCGGAACCGUUGAUCCAUCUCAACCUGUCGAUUCCAUCGUCGUCGUCAUCGUCGUCGCUGAUGUCACGUCGACCUCCUUUCAACAGGAUCAGCACGAGGACCAAUUCAACAGAACUACUCUCGCACGACGCCGCGUAUCGCCGGAAAUACCGGGGCGUCCUGUCCAGGUACAUGCUGCAGCUGUACCACCGGCGUUCGGACGCCGACGCCGUCCGCGCGAUCCAGCCGGCGCAUACCUCCGGCCCGCUCAGCGACGGCGGUAGGAUUCUGGAGUUCGCGAUUCCGUCGGCCGACAUCGACGAGAUGCUGGAGACCGCGGAACUACUCGGGAUAGCCGGCGCGAUAGUCAGAGUGCGAGUGUUGAACGAUUCGUCGGCGAGGAACGGAAGCGAGGAGAUGCAGAGGACCAGGAAGGACGACGCCUGGCGGGCCUUCGACAUCACGUCCGCCGUCGUCGGCAGGCAGGGCGGCACCGUCAAGCUCUACGUUCACGGCAGGUCGACGUAUCAUCCUUACGGCGACCGUCCGAUCCUCCUGCUGAACUACAGGAAGGUCAACCGCGCCAGGCGCCGUCGACGAUCCGUGGAGGAGCAGGAGGAGCAGGAGGAGCAGGAGCGCGCUUGGGGGGACGAGCUGCCGCGAAGACGACGCCGGAACAACUGCCACCGGCGUCCCAUGUACGUGGAUUUCGCCCUGAUCGCGUACGACCGGUGGGUGAUCGCGCCGACGGGGUAUCAGGCUUAUCAGUGCUCCGGUAGGUGCUCCUUCCCGCUGGGCGAUCACCUCAGUCCGACCAAGCACGCGAUAGUGCAGACGCUGAUGCACAGCGCCUUCCAGUCCAGCGAGGACCUCCGCGGCAACAAAUUUGUGGGCAGAGCCUGCUGCGUGCCCACCAAGCUGGAGCCUAUUAGUCUGCUCUACCUGAACUCCGAUGGCAGUCUGAAGUACGAGUACACCUACGAGGACAUGGUCGUCUCCGAGUGCGGUUGUCGCUGACCAGCUGUGCGAUCGAUCAACGACCGCGCGAUCGUGGACCUGCGGGCGAACACAAUGCGUGCCUUUCGCAUUUUAUUACAAUAGAAUUAACGCAACGUUGCGCAGAAACGCGCGCACAAAAUGUAGAAUAUAAGUGCAGUUGAACGUGGAGGGGACGAGAAUACAUCGUAUCAUGUGUAGUGUCAAAACGUCGGACAACCUUUCUGACCACGUCGGUACGUACUCGCGUACAUACAUGCAUAGAUACGGACGUUGUGCACAAACGACAUUUUGGGACAUUCCGAACACACGGCAUCGAUUUCUUGAAAAAGAAAUUUAUUUCACGAAAAACAAAGCUUCCUCUAUGAAGCGAAGGAAAACAGUUUUGUGGCCUCCUUUACCGAUAACACGUAUUAUAAAAAAAAAAA